AUGUUAGCAGUGGUGGCUGUAUUUCUGCUGGUUGGCAGCACAAGAGGUGAAGCGAAAUUUGACUGCGAAUACAAUGAGUGCGAAUUUGUGUUGGACGAUCGUGGUCCAGGGGAGGACAUAAACUCGUACAAGUUUAAUCUCACUGUACAAAGCGGAACUAUUGAGACGAGUUUCGAUGGAUCACGUCUAUCGAUUAUCCCACCGUCCCUGUUCGCUGACUACGGGCACAGAGUGGACGUGUUAAUUAUGCGUGAGGUAGAUAUACAGCGCGUCGAUCCCAACACGUUCGGUGAAGCAUCUGUACUACGAAUGCUGCAUAUACAGUUAAAUCGUAUUCCAAAGCUGCACAACUACAUGUUUCGCAAUGCCACCAAUCUCGAACGCAUCAACUUCGGGAGUAAUCGUAUAAAUGUGGUGGAAGAGUUUACAUUUGUAGGCCAGGAGAAUUUGAAAGUGCUUCGUCUGUCACGCAACAAGAUUAAAGUGUUACCUCGGAAGUUGUUUGCAGGUUUGAAUCAACUAACGGAUCUCCAUCUCGAUCAUAAUCUUGUCGUGGAGUUCCCAAGCAGAUUGUUCGAGAAUCUAUCACUGCUAGAUGAGCUGUAUUUGGCCUUUAACUACAUCGAUAAGCUUACAAAGGACAGCUUUGAAGGAAUGCCUAAGCUAAAAAAGCUAGCGCUACAACAUAAUCGCAUUAGUUUGAUCGAACCAGAAACAUUCAAACCGUUACCUAUGUUAGGCUACCUCUAUUUGCAAUAUAACAUGCUGACUAGCCUAUCGCCAGAGGCGUUCCUGUUGCAGACGAAGCUUGGCUAUCUCGAUUUGAGUUUGAACAAAUUGAAAGGUUUUCCGAAGGAUCUGUUCCGACAAACUGUUGCGCUCGAAGAUCUGAGAUUAAGCGGUAAUCUUCUCAGUCAAUUGCAUCCCGAUCUGUUCGAGAAUCUGUUGAAGUUAGAAGGGCUGCAUAUGGAGAACAAUAAGUUGACAUCGCUCGAUGCGGCACUGUUUAGAAAUCUUCAGAAACUGGAUACACUGCUGCUGGGGGACAAUCAAAUAAGUCACAUUUUACCCGGUACAUUCGAUUCGCUGAAAACGCUCGAACAUUUAGAUCUGAAUAACAAUGGACUCACAACGAUCGAUGGAGGUUUGUUCCGUAAUCUAAGAUUUUUGAAGAAGCUUUACCUCAUGCAUAAUCGUAUCAGCAAGCUAAGCGGCGAAUGUUUGGAUGGCGCUAUUCAGCUAAAAGAAAUCUAUCUGGAUAAUAAUCCGAUUCGAUCGUUCGAUGAAGAGUUUCUCAAGAAGGUUUCGUUGACACGGUUGUCGAUGGACAAGAGUGGGCUGAAGAGCCUACCGAAAAAUCUUUUUGCUAACCAACAGUUUAUGCGUUUACUCUCGCUGGAGGGGAAUAAACUGACCGAGCUAGAUCCGGACACGUUCCAGCCACUUGAACGACUAGAAGAGCUAGAUCUCAGUGACAAUCGGCUGAAAAAUAUCUCGACCAGCAUGGCAAAUCUUUCUCAGCUUGAUGUGCUGGACUUAUCCAAGAAUCGUCUUCGCAGCCUUUCGAACGAUGCGUUUGCCAAUAUGACACAUCUGAAAAAGCUUAACCUUGAAAACAACCAGCUGACAGAAAUUCCACGUGCUGUAACGAAACUUCCAAAGCUGAAAGCGAUGACGUUGGAAAAGAAUAAGAUUAAAUCUACUAAUGUGGUGGAUAACAUGGAACUGAAAGAGCUGUACCUGUCCGAUAAUGAAAUUAGCUCUCUUCAGUUAGAGAAAUUUCCCAGCUUGGAGGAACUAUUUGUGGAAAAUAAUCAACUGCAUAACUUGUCGGAAGCUACGUUCAUCAAUAACAUUAAACUGAAAACUUUAUAUUUAUCAGGAAAUCGUCUUACGGGACCAUUGGAACGUGUGUUUACUAUUCUAACAAAGCUGGAAAUACUCAUUUUGAGCGAUAAUCCAUUAGAUGUUAUAACUAACACCACAUUCCAAGGCUUGGAAAAAUUGGAAGAUCUUACGCUGAAGAAUAUUAGUCUCAGUAGAAUUAGCAACGCACCGUUUGCAUCUCUUCCGCGUUUGGAGAAAUUGGAUCUUUCGGAGAACCGGUUUGCCAGUCUUGAUAAUCAAGCUCUGGCUACCAAUGAAAUGCUAAAAGAAAUUUACCUCAACGAUAACCAUUUCAGCAUCAAUGACUUGAGUGGCUUGGUUGGACUGAAACGUUUGGAAUCGAUCUCUCUUUCGUAUAACAACGUGAUCGUACCAGACACAUUGCUAGCUAACAAAACAAAGCUUACUGAACUGUUCAUACAGGGAAGUACGUUCAGCAAUCUACCGGCUAAGUUCUUCCGUUCAGCGCUAUUGCUCGAAAAGCUGUCCAUCUCCGACAAUAAGCAGUUUGUGAAGCUUCCAAAAGAUUUCUUCGCGGAUGUACCGUAUCUGCGUGAGCUCGUUCUGCUGAACAACAGCCUCUCUAGUCUCGAGACGGGGGUUUUCGAUCCUUUGGGAUCACUAGUGAAGUUGGACGUGUCGGAAAAUCCGUUGAAGUCGCUGCCGGAAGGUUUAUUCGCCAAGACGUUCAGUUUGAUAAGUUUGAGAAUUGCUCAUGCGAAUCUGUCCACCGUACCGUUGGGAAUUUUCGAUAAUCUGUACGCACUGAACGAGCUUGAUCUGAGCAACAAUCAGCUGAAAACGCUUUCGAAGGGUAUUUUCCAUCGUCUCUACUUUCUGCAAACUAUUUCACUGGAUAACAAUCUAUUCGAGAAGCUGGAACCGGCUGUCUUUGAUGGUAUGGAGAAACUGAAAGUAGUGCAUCUGGCCCACAACAAGCUGAGCACCUUGAAUCCCCAGUUGUUUGCCGGACUACCGCUAGAAGCACUCGAUCUUUCGAGCAACAAAUUCGUCUCGUUCGAUGAGAGUGUGAUGGCGUUUGCCAAUCGGCUGCUCAUCCUGUCGCUGGAAAACAAUGCUCUUAGCUCGCUGAAGGUAUCAUCAACGCUCGAGAAGCUAUACAUCGACGGUAACCAACUGUCCUCGAUCGAGGUGCAACUGAUUGAGUCGGCAGAAUUCAGUACACUCACGACCAUAUCGGCAGUUAACAAUAGCUUCACCAGUCUCGAGCCUUUCUACAAGUUUAAGAUUCUAUCCGAACUGGACGUGUCCUAUAAUAGGUUUGAAGAGCUGGAGCUGGGUAAACUGUGCCACGAAAUACUGCCCCUCUACACGCUGAAUGCGUCGAACAGUUUCGUUCAGCGCAUCAAGAUCGAUGACAAUGACUCACCGCCGACCCUUACGCAUCUUGAUAUCUCAAACAACAACGUCACGACGCUGGAUGUAGGUAGCUACGCACUGUUCCAGAACCUGGAGAACUUUGUGUUUGGAGGCAACAAGUUCGAUUCAUUUUCGGUGACCGACCUGAUUCAGAUGUUUAGGAAUCUGCAAACGAUCGGUCUCGAGGGCACGACUUGGAAGUGUGGUUUUUUGAACAGCUUGAAGGAGUCACUGACGGAGGUUGAUGUUGGCUUUUGGUACAAAUCCCGGAAUGAAGAAUAUGACAGUGCAGCGGAUGUGUGUUCGAAGGAGGUCGACGGUAUUUGCUGCGAGUAA